AUGUUCCAGCGCCGCGUGCUCGUGAGCAUUCACGCUGUCGAGCGCGUCGCUAGCAACCGCCAGAUCCGGCGCAAGACUCGUCAUCCAGCCAAUCUGCGUGCGUUGCAGCGCCAGCCGAAAGACGAGGUUGCGGUGCCUCCGCUUAAGUACGAGCCCACUUACGUCCCGGAGACGGUCAGUUUCAAUGGCUGGUCACCAGCUCCGGAAUCGCCACUGCCGGAUCUUCCGUUCCACGUCAAGCGCACGGCUCUUGGACUGCAGCUGCCAGUGUACAGGGACUACCGGAACGGCCGGACGCGGGUGUUGACCAUAUUACGUCGCUACAAGGGCGACGAGCAGGAGCUACGGGAUGAGAUGUCCAAGGUCUGUGAAGGCAAACAAGUGACUGCACGUCCAGGUCGCUUGGAGGUCGUUGGCGACCACGCUGUUGACAUUCGCAAGUGGCUUGUGGGCUUGGGCUUUUAG